AUGGCCAAGCGCAAGCAGAAGGCUACGACUCAAACACAAGCACCGCAAAUUGAGGAUAUACCAGAAAGUGAACAAUGGCGUAUCAUUGAAGAAACUGGCGUACUCAAGAAGGUGCCUCGAGAAUGGCGCGAGUCGGGUGGCUCUAGUGUGCUGAAGGAACGGGAGGGAGAAGCUAAUCCGGAAGACGACGAGCCAUUCUCUCCUCUCUGCAACGAAAUAUUCAACGCGAUUUUCUUUGCUAUACCGUUCUCUACGCUUUAUAUCACGAUGGAUGUAAUGGCACACCGUCAGUAUUCGCAACCAAUUACAACACUUGGACUGUUGGAGAAAAUAGUAUGGGGCAUACCCUUCCUAUUUGCGUUCAUCUUCUAUACACUGCGACAUAAGGCGGACCGACGAACACAGGCACUGCUGUUCUUCCUCUCGAUUGCCUGCGGUGCAAGGCUCAUAUACAUAGUCAACUGGGAGAGCUGGAGAGUAGUUGUCAACCAGUGUGCUCCACUGGGAACGAUCUGGGUAUACACAGUCGCACAGCUCAAUCUCAUACCCGCAGUCGCUGCUUUGGCAGUCGUUGCAGCAUACGUUAAAUGGAAGGAAUUAAAAAUCGUAUUCUAA